CCCCUCGUGUCUGCUCAAGCUUGCGCGGUUUCUCCUUUUAUCCUUCCCCUCAAAAAGAAAAAGAAAAACAUAUUAGGACAGUAACGCUCUCCUCUACUCACACACAUACCGCCAUUUCGCCCCCCAGAAAAGAGAAAAGUCAGCAACAUGUCUGCACCGACGUCACCCCAGCCUGCCCCUGUACUGGAGCCUGCUAUUUCCAAGUCUGAGGGACUUGGUGAAAGGCCUCCGAAUGAAGCACAGCAACCUUCGACCGAUCCGGAACUGGGGCAAUAUGGCAAUGCUCAGAUCCAGUCCGGGCAGCCCAUUGUGCAGUCCUACGCUGCAGCUCCGCAGCCUUUGGGUGGACAGGGUGGACAGGGCCCGGUAUCAUUGUAUGUGGGCGAAUUGGAUCCUCAGGUCACGGAAGCCAUGCUGUUCGAGAUCUUCAACAUGAUCGGACCGGUAGCCAGCGUCCGUGUCUGUCGUGAUGCCGUUACACGUCGUUCGCUGGGUUACGCCUAUGUGAACUACUUGAAUUACAACGAUGGGGAACGUGCGCUUGAUCAGCUGAAUUAUUCCCAGAUCAGAGGCAAACCAUGCCGCAUCAUGUGGUCUCAACGGGACCCUGGCCUAAGGAAGACAGGUCAGGGCAAUAUUUUCAUCAAAAACCUCGAUCAAGGCAUCGAUAAUAAGGCCCUCCACGAUACCUUUGCCGCGUUCGGAACCGUUUUGUCAUGCAAAGUCGCCACCGACGAUAGCGGUCUUUCCAAAGGGUACGGUUUUGUACACUACGAUAGCAAUGAGGCAGCGGAGGCAGCUAUCAAGGCGGUCAAUGGUAUGCUUCUGAACGACAAGAAGGUCUUCGUCGGGCAGCACAUAUCUCGCAAGGAACGCCAGUCCAAAAUCGACGAAAUGAAAUCGCAUUUCACGAAUCUUUACGUGAAAAAUCUUGACACCGAGGUGGGCGAGGAAGAGUUUGAAGGGUUGUUUUCUCAGUUCGGACCCAUUACGUCUGCCGUCAUUCAGAAGGAUGAAGAGGGGAACAGCAAAGGCUUCGGAUUCGUGAACUUCGAAAAUCACGAGGAUGCCCAACGUGCCGUAGAAGAAUUGGACAACAAGGAAAUCCAUGGCAAGCCGGUCUUCGUUGGUCGGGCGCAGAAGAAGUCUGAGCGUGAGGAGGAGCUGCGUAAACAAUACGAACAAGCCAAAUAUGAGAAGGCGGGAAAGUAUCAGGGCUCCAACCUUUACAUCAAAAACCUAGAAGACGAUGUCGACGACGAGAAGCUCCGGGCAGAAUUUGAGCCUUUCGGCACCAUCACCUCUUGCAAAGUUAUGCGAGACGAGAAGGGAACUUCGAAAGGUUUUGGUUUCGUAUGUUUCUCAUCGCCAGACGAGGCGACUAGGGCGAUGUCGGAAAUGAACAACAAAAUCGUCGGUACCAAGCCUUUGUACGUUGCGCUUGCGCAGCGUAAAGAUGUGCGCAAGCAACAGUUGGAGAGCCAGAUCGCUCAGCGCAACAACCAGCUUCGACUCGCAGCUGCCCAAGGUAUUCCCAAUAUGCCGUAUGGCGCUGCGCCGAUGUUUUACCAACCUGCUGCCGCUGGCUAUCCCCCUGGUCAGCGCCCUGUCAUGGGCUACCCGCCCGCGCCUGGCCCAGCAAGAAUGCGUUAUGCACCUGGCCAGCAGAUGGCAGGCAUGGCGGUACCGCCACCAUAUGGACAGCCUCCCGUGCCCUACGGGAUGGGUACGCCCUAUCAACGGCCUCGUCCCGUUCGUCAGCCUGGCGGCCCUGGUGGUCCUGGCGCCCCUGCUCCUGUUCCUCUCUCUAGUGCGCCACGCGGGCCUAGCGCCCCUGUUGUCACUGGUGGCAACGGCACAAGGCUGCCCAUGGCUGGUCCUGGCGGUCCUGUUACUGGCGCUGGCGCUGGUCGUCCUGCUCCUACACCCAAUGGCGUUCCCCAAAACGGCGGGCAAGCUCAAGCGUACAAGCUUAACCCUAACACUCGCAAUGCGACCACGACGGGACAGGCUACGACCGGACCGGUAUCCACGGAACCUCCCAUAAAUGCUGCACUCUUGGCGAACGCAUCUGCAGGGGAACAGAAGCAGAUCUUGGGGGAGGCGAUUUACAUGAAAAUACACGCGAUGCAACCUGAAUUGGCGGGGAAGAUCACAGGCAUGCUCCUCGAAAUGGAAACCACUGAGCUCAUUCAUUUGAUCGAGACGCCUGACGCGCUCCAGAACAAAGUUGCCGAGGCGAUCACAGUUCUCGAGGAGUUUUCGAAGAACGCUGAACAGCAGCAAAUCGCUGCGUAGUGUUUUUCCAUUCUCGCCUUUGCCAUACCUAUAUUGUCCACUAAUCCCGUUGCACACCAUCGUGCGUUUGACGAGCGAGUGGGGAUUCUUCACAGUCUGCCUUCAGUUUGGCUGGUUGUGUAUAUUCGGGACCCCUGACCUCAAUAUCAUUUGCGCCUUCCCUAUCCACUUCGGCUGUACAGAGGUGGUUUAU